ACACGAAACUCAAAACUUGAAAAACCUAAUUAGAUUUUUACACCUUCCCUCUAAAAUCAUGGCGGUUCUCAGUGUAUAGGCAUCUCUCUCUCGCUCGCUCGCUCGCUCUUCAGUACUUAAUACCAGAUCGCUAUUCUCCGUUAUCCAAAUCUUCAGUCUUUUCAGAUCUUGUAUCAUCCCCUUUUAAAUAGUUACAAUCGCCGAAACUAAACGGAAGAAAACGAAAACUGAAACGAUUCAUCAACUAGGUUUUGAAAGAUGGCGAUAAAUCUGACUCAGAAUGCAAUAGCAAUGAUAUGUAGUGGACAAUUUCAAGGAGAUGAUUUGAAACCAAUAGUACAAGUAGUAGAUAUCAAGUUAAUAAGCUCAAAUAAUACUAAUGCUGAAAGAUACAGAAUGGUGAUUUCAGAUGGAGUGCAUACUCAACAAGGAAUGCUUGCUACUCAGAAGAAUGAAUUAGUUCAUAGUGGCCAGUUAAAAACCAAUUCAAUUGUUGAGUUGUCUCAGUUUGUUGGCCAACUUGUUCAAAAUCGAAAGAUAAUAAUUAUCAUUGAUUUGAAAGUAAUUGUUGAGAAGUGUGAGAAAAUAGGAAAUCCGUAUCAAUAUGGGCAAGCUCCAGGCGGUCCCACUACACAGUCUCGAACGCCCAUGGACCAGCCAUGGAUUACAACAGGAGACCAUCAGUCCUAUAGUGGUGCUUCAUUAUCUGGUGGUACCUCUGCUGGGCAAAAUUUAAAUGGUAGAGCUCCUCUACACCAACCUAGGUCAGAUUCAGGUCCUCAAACUUAUGGCAACUCGAUUUCUAUCAACUCCAACUCCGGAGGAUGUGGUCCAACUAUUGGGCAUCCUGGAUACCCUAAACCAGAACCGGGUUUCAGCCUUUCUGGUUCAGUACCGUUUGCUGGGAAUUAUGGGGAUCAAAACAGAAACAUAAACAGUUCCAAAAUGGAAGGCAGAGCUCAAGGUUCUUUCAACAAUAGUUCUCGCCCAUUGCAGCCAACACACCAGCAACCACCGUCAAUGUACACGAACAGAGGGCCUGUAGCUAAGAAUGAAGCUCUUGCAAGAAUAAUCCCCAUAAGGGCUCUGAAUCCAUAUCUGAGCAGGUGGACAAUUAGGGCCAGGGUAACAUCAAAGAAGGAACUGAGGCAUUAUACCAAUGCCAGGGGUGAGGGAAAAGUGUUCUCAUUUGAUCUGCUUGAUUCUGAAGGUGGAGAAAUACAGGUAACAGGCUUCAAUGCAGUAGCAGAUCUAUUUUAUGAUCAGAUUGAAGCUGGAAAAGUGUAUUUGAUAUCGAGGGGAUCACUAAAACCAGCUUCCAAGAACUUCAAUCGUCUUCAAAAUGAGUACGAGAUCACUUUAGAAAACACAUCAACUAUACAACCUUGUACUGAGGAUGAUCACACUAUACCUAAGCAACAGUUCAAUUUCCGACGUAUAAGUGACAUUGAAACUAUGGAAAUCAAUUCCAUGCUGGAUAUAAUCGGUGUGGUUUCAUCCAUAAACCCCACUCAAAAUAUAACGACAAAAAAUGGUGAAACACAAAAAAAGACCCUGCAGCUGAAAGAUAUGUCUGGUCGAAGUGUAGAAUUAACUUUAUGGGGGAGCAUCUGCAGUGCAGAAGGGCAGGAGCUGCAGAAAAUGCGUGAAAAAGGAGGGUUUCCUGUUUUGGCGGUAAAAGCUGGAAGGGUGAACCAGUUUAAUGGGAGAUCAGUGGGAACGCUUUCUACGAGCCAGUUAUUUAUAGAGCCCGACGUCCCUGAAGCACGUACGUUAAAGCAGUGGUUUGACUCGGAGGGAAGAAAUAUGCAAGCAAUUUCACUUUCCAAGGAGUCUUCGGGUACGGGGCGGUUAGACGUGCGGAAGACUCUGUCCCAAAUCAAAUAUGAGCAGCUUGGAACAUCAGAAAAGCCAGAUUGGAUCACUGUGCAGGCAAGAAUUUCUUUCGUUAAGACUGAAAUUUUUUGCUAUACAGCAUGCCCUGAAUUGGUUGGGGAUCGUCAGUGCAGCAAAAAGGUCAUUAAUGAUGGAGAUGGCCGAUGGAAAUGUGAGAGAUGUGAUAAGUCGUUUUCUGAGUGUGAUUAUAGGUACAUUCUUCAGCUCCAAAUACAAGAUUUUACUGGUCAUACCUGGGUAACAGCUUUUCAAGAAACUGGUGAGAAAAUCAUGGGCCACCCAGCAAAAGCAUUGUAUUACUUGAAGCAUGAAGAACAAGACGAAGAGAAAUUCUCGGAUAUUACGAGGGGAGUUCUCUUAAAUAGGUAUAUCUUCAAAUUGAAAGUGAAACAGGAAUCAUUUGAAGAUCAGCAGCGUGUGAAAUCAACAAUUGUGGCAGUUGAGAAGUUGAAUUUCUCAACCGAGUCUAGGCAUCUUUUAGAUUUGAUAGAUAGACACCUAGUCGAAGAUGCGAAUGGAGUUCCCGGGACAGCGAAUAGUAGUGAAACUGGAAUGAUUAGUAAAGGAUACCAAGAUAUGGGAAACAUGGGACAGCUGACUACACCUUCUAUUGGGAGCAGUAGAAGCAAUGCAAGUACUGGUAAAGAUUUGAGGGCACUACCUGCAAAUCAAAUGGGACACCAUGUAAAUCGUUAUAAUAGUGCAAUUAAUCCUGGAACGGUAGGACUUAAUUCGGGAAUACCAAGUACAGGAGUUCACAUAUCUUGCUCCAGCUGUGGUGGCGGCGGCCAUGACUCGAAUAACUGCCCUAGUGUCAUGAAUAGACAAGGACAAUCAAUCGAAGAGGGUUAUGGAAGUAGGGCCCAACCUGCUGUAGGUGGUAGUGGUAACUGUUACAAAUGUGGACAAAGUGGCCAUUUUACGAGAGAUUGUCCAAGUGUAAAUACUGUCGGAGCACGGGGUGGUGGAAAUAAUGUUGGUGGACGUGGUGCUGCAGAUGAGUGUUACAAAUGUCAUCAAAGUGGCCAUUGGGCAAAGGACUGUCCAGGUACAAGUUCCUCUUCAACGUAUGGUAGCAGUGGUGUUGCUGAAAGAUAUAGAGGAGUUUCCAAUCAGCGGGUUGGAGGCUUCUAAAUUUUGACAAUAUCAUCUUAGCACGAGCAUCUUUCUCCUGCAAUACUGAUGAACUCAUUCUGGUGGAAUAUGCCUUCUCCACAUUAAGAUUCGUUAGGAUGUCCAUAGUUAUUUAUGGUCUUUUCUCUUUUAAUGUUUUAGACUUUUUUGUUAUGAACUUAUUUUUGUCUGUAGUUAAAUGAUACAGCAUUAUUAGUUACUUUCUUGCGUGGCAUAAAUUUUUAGCUUGUAAGCGCAGUUUUCUUCCCCA